AUGCGGGUAUUCUACGCAUUCCCUGUGUUCAUCCCUUUGCUCGCUCAUUGGUCAACACUUAUUGAACGUGGCAAGUUCGGAAGCGUGUUCCGCUGUGAGAACAAACAGACCCACCAAAUCCUAGCAAUGAAGGAGAUUAAGACAGAUCGAUUGGGACGACAUACCUCGGGUGACAUAAUGGAGGUUGCUGUUCUUCGUGCCAUCGGGCAUCACGAAAACAUCGCCUGCCUUCACAGCGUGUACGAAGUCCAGCAUACAUGUUUCAUCAUCACCGAAUAG